UCUGUCAGAAUCGCGUAUUGGCGUGCCGCGAUGUCGUUUCCCGCAAUAAGGACGUUAAUGGAAUUACCGUCAAUCUAAAAUCAUGUCUGAAGUGCGAAAAUUCACAAAGAGGUUGAGCAAACCGGGGACGGCGGCUGAGCUCAGACAAAGUGUAUCAGAGGCAGUGAGGACGUCCAUUGCUGUGGAGCAGGUGAAGAUCAUCGAGCCAUUGGAUUAUGAAAAUGUUGUAUUCCAGAGAAGAACUCAAAUCCACAAUGAUCCACAGAGAGACCUGCUGCAGUGGCCGACUGAUGAUGUAUCAGAGUGCCAGAUUGAUCGCCAAAGGAGAACCAUCGUUUCUUCAGUUCCUCAAAAUGCAGAAAGCGAAGCAAAAAGCCUGUUUGCCAGAGAGUGCAUUAAGAUGUACAACACUGACUGGCGCGUCAUCAACUAUAAUUACGAGGCUUACUCGGGAGAUUUCCGGAUGCUUCCCUGUAAAGGGAUGAAGACAGAGAAGCUGCCAAGCCAAGUGUUUGAGGUCGAUGAGGGAGAGGAGGAUUCGUCGUCUCUGUGCUCUCAGAGAGGUGGUGUAAUGAAGCAGGGUUGGCUUCAGAAAGCAAACAUCAACAGCAGUCUGUCUGUCUCCAUGAAGGUGUUUAAAAGGAGAUACUUCUACCUGUCUCAGCUUCCUGAUGGCUCCUACAUACUGAAUUCUUACAAAGACGAGAAAAACUUCAAAGACACAAAAGGCUCCAUCUAUCUGGACUCCUGUAUAGAUGUGGUUCCGUGUCCUAAGAUGCGGCGCAACGGCUUUGAGCUAAAAAUGCAGGAAGGAUACAGUCACUAUCUGGCGGCCGAGAGUGAGGCAGAUAUGGAGGACUGGGUUAACACGCUGAAGCAGGCCUUACUGAACACAACCGACGACCGAAGGAACGGAUCAGAACCAUCUGAUAGCUCUACAGAUGAUGACAGCAGCAGUCAGGGGAAACCUGAGAACAUUGCAGAGAGCUAUGGGCGAAGUCUUCAUCCAGAGCUUAUGAAGUUUGCCAGAGAAACAGAUCAGAUGAAUAAAAGCAACCGCAAUGAGGGCCGACAGAAGAUCUUCGCCCUUGAUCCUGAUACACAGAAAUUAGAUUUCUCAGGCAUUGAGCCUGACGUGAAGCCAUUCGAUGAGCGCUUUGGACGAAGAAUCAUGGUCAGCUGUCACGACUUGACCUUUAGCCUGCAAGGAUGCGUUAGUGAGAAGACUGAUGCAGUCUUAACCAACGUUGAGCCGUUCUUCAUUAGCCUAGCACUGUUUGAUUUGUCCAGAGGCUGUAAGAUCUCUGCAGACUUCCAUGUUGACCUCAAUCCACCAUGCGUGAGGGAGAUGCUUCUAGAAAGUUCUCCUCAGACACCGACAGAAUCUGAAGCAGGAGAUGGCAGUGAAGCAGUCAGGGGAAAUGGACACGGCCUGCCAGUUCUCCAGCGGGUUUCGGAAUCUCUCUUGCGCUUUCCCAAACAGGGAAUCUUCUCAGUUACCAACCCUCACCCAGACAUCUUCCUGCUGGCACGGGUGGAGAAGGUUUUACAGAACGGGAUCACCCACUGCGCUGAGCCCUACAUUAAGACCUCAGACAUGAGCAAGACGGUACAGAAGGUCCUGAAGACUGCCAAACAGACGUGUCAGCGGCUGGGCCAGUACCGGAUGCCCUUCGCUUGGGCUGCCAGACAGGUGUUUAGAGAUGCUCAAGGCAGUUUAGAAAUGGACGGGAAGUUCUCUCCGCUGUACCGCCAAGACAGUAGCAAGAUAUCAACUGAAGAUCUCAUCAAACUGCUGACAGAUCUCAAAAAACCAGAGAAGAACAAACUGCAGAUAAUCCCUGGACAAAUUAAUAUCACAGUUGAGUGUGUACCACCAGAUCUGUCAAACUCUGUCACGCCCUCUUAUAUCGCGGUAAAGCCGUUUGAAGAGCAAUGUGAGAAGGUGUCCGUGGAAGUGGAAGAGUUUGUCCCGGAAGAGGCCAAAUACAACCACCCAUUCACCGUCUACAAGAAUCAUCUCUACGUUUAUCCCCAGCAGCUCAAAUACGACAAUCAAAAGACCUUUGCCAAGGCUCGUAACAUAGCAGUGUGUGUUCAGUUCAAGGAUUCAGAUGAAGAAGGGGCUGGUCCCUUAAAGUGCAUCUACGGCAAACCAGGGGAGGCGCUGUUCACCACUACUGCUUUUGCUGCUGUUCUGCAUCACAAUCAGUGUCCAGAGUUUUAUGAUGAGAUUAAAAUUGAGCUUCCUGUUCACGUCCAUGAGAGGCAUCACGUUCUGUUUACCUUCUACCAUAUAAGCUGUGAGCUCGGCAACAAAACCACCACCAAGAAGAGAGAGGGAGUGGAAACACUGGUGGGUUAUUCCUGGGCUCCUUUAAUUAAGGAUGGCAGAAUGCAGUCCUCGGAAUUACAACUCCCUGUAUCUGCUAAUCUACCUGCUGGUUACAUGUCAAGCCAAGAGUCAAAGAAGGUAAAGUCUUCCUUGGACAUCAGAUGGGUGGAUAAUGCCAAAUCAUUAUUCAAAGUGCGCACAAAUGUAGCUUCAACAAUUUAUUCUCAGGAUUUGCACCUCCACAAUUUUUUCCAGCAUUGUCAGCUGACGAGGUCAAUGUCACAGGGAAAUCCUGCCGAACUUAUCAAGUACCUAAAGUGCCUGCAUGCAGUAGAGACUCAGGUCACCAUUAAGUUCCUACCUACAGUUCUUGUUCAACUCUUUGAAGUCCUCACGAUGGCAAACAAAGACAGUCAAGAUAUUGCUGUCAACUCAACACGUGUUAUAAUUCACAUUGUGUCUCAGUGUCACGAGGAGGGUCUGGAACAUUACCUGCGCUCCUUUCUCAAGUAUGUGUUUCGGACCAACAACUCAACUUCAGGAAACUCGGUGACAACUCAUGAAGUUUUAGCUGUAGCCGUAACUGCUAUACUCAAGCAGACUGCAGAUUUCAACACCUGUGACAAACUAAUCAAGUAUUCCUGGUUCUUCUUCGAGACUAUGGCUAAGUCAAUGGCACAGUACCUUCAGGAUGGCAACAGAAUGAAAAUGCCUCGUACUCAAAGGUUUCCUGACUCGUUCCACCAAGCGCUGCAGUCUCUGCUGUUAUCAAUCAUCCCUCACAUCACCAUCCGCUACGUGGAGAUUCCAGAGGAGGCCCGUUGUAUCAAUUUCGGCCUGGCUUUCUUUAUUAAGCGCUGCCUCACAUUUAUGAACAGAGGAUUUGCUUUCAGUCUGAUAAAUGACUACAUGUGUGGCUUCAGCCUUAAAGAUCCAAAGGUGCUUACAGAGAUGAAAUUCGAAUUCCUCAUGACGGUGUGCAACCACGAGCACUACAUCCCUCUCAACCUGCCUAUGGCGUUUGGUCGUACCAAGAUGCAGAGAGUCCAGGAUUUUAUUUCGUAUGCGGCGGAGUGUUUCGGUGUCUUAGACCAGAGUUUGGAGUACAGCCUGACUGAGGAAUACUGUAAGAACCAUUUCCUGGUGGGUCUGCUUCUACGAGAGGUGGCUGAUGGACUUCACGGUUGCCCAGAGAUCAGGCAGUUGGCCGUGACCACGCUCAAGAAUCUAAUGAUCAAACACGCCAUGGACGACAGGUACAACGCUUUUAAGAACCAACAAGCUCGUAUCUGUCUGCUGUACCUACCACUGUUUGAGCUGCUGUACCAGAACCUCAGUCAGAUGAACAGCCCCAAGCAACUCUAUAGAAAUGGCAUUGGCCUUAUGUACCGGGAUGACUUAUCUGUGGCAGGUUCAACGGACAGCCGCAGGAGCAGCAUCCUUGAUAAGGAGCCAAGCAGUGUAACCACCCAGAAUGGACACGUGAGGAGAUCAAUGUAUGGGGAUCCUGGUACACCAGACAUUAAUGAGUUAAACAGGCGCAGUUCUACAAAGAGCGCUGUGCCUGCCGUUGGCCAUCUGGGCCAGUAUGAGAUCAGAGGGCUGCUUUUGUGUUACCUGCACAUCAUAAGAACUUUGUCAGAUGACACCCUGAUGGCUUACUGGUCUAAAGUCAAUCCUCAAGAUAUCAUGAACUUCCUCAGUCUUCUAGAGAUCUGCAUAAUCCAGUUUCGCUACGUAGGAAAACGAAACAUCAGCCGAAACCUGGACCCAUGGGUGUCCAAACUUUUUUAUCCAGAGAGGAAAUCUCAGACCAUGCCAGUGAUGCGAGCUCGAGCAAGCCUCAUGCAAGCAAAACUGCAGCAAUUUGGCACUAUGGAUACCUCACUUACUCUGAAUAUGGCUGGUGGUCCCACUGAAGGAGAGACAAGCCACCAAGCGUUGGUUGAGGGAAAUAUUUCAACAGAAACCUGUCUAACUGUGCUGGAUGUCCUCUCACUAUUCACCCAGGCCUUUAAGAAUCAGCUGCUGGAAAAUGAUGGUCACAAUGCUCUGAUGACAAAAGUCUUUGAAACGUACCUCACCUUACUGAAAGUUGGACAAUCAGAGGCGGCAAUCAAACACAUCUUUGCCUCCCUGCGGUCUUUCAUUAUCAAGUUCCAGAUGCCCCUCUUUAAAGGCCGUGUAACGCUGUGCAGUUCGCUGUGUUACGAGGUCCUGAAGUGCUGUAUGUCCAAACUAAGCGUGCUACGUGGGGAGGCCUCUGCCCUGCUUUAUCUGCUUAUGAGGAACAACUUUGAAUACACCAAGAGGAAAAGUUUCCUACGCAUGCACUUGCAGAUAAUCAUUGCUGUGAGCCAACUUAUAGCUGAUGUGGCGCUCACAGGCAGUUCACGUUUCCAGGAAUCGCUGUCCAUCAUCAACAACUUUGCCAACAGCGAUAAGGUCAUGAAGGUCACAACAUUUCCCUCCGACGUGAAAGGGCUCACAAUGCGAAUCCGUACCGUUCUGAUGGCUACCGCUCAGAUGCGUGAGCAUGAAAAAGACCCAGAAAUGCUGCUUGACCUUCAGUACAGUCUCGCACGUUCAUACGCCAGCACUCCAGAGCUCAGACGCACUUGGCUAGACAGCAUGGCACGAGCUCAUGGCAAGAAUGGAGACUAUUCUGAGGCUGCUAUGUGUAACGUUCAUGUUGCUGCAUUAGUUGCAGAGUAUUUGUACAGGAGAAAGCUGUUCCCAAGUGGAUUGGCGGCGUUUAAGAAAAUUACUCAGAACAUUGAUGAAGAAGCUGCCAUGAAAGAAGACGCUGGGAUGCAAGACGUGUACUACACAGAGGAUGUCCUGGUCGAGCAGUUGGAGGUGUGUGUCGAAAGCCUGUGGAAAGCUGAGAGAUAUGAACUCAUAACACACAUUGCCAGACUUACGAUUCCUGUUUAUGAGAAACGUCACGAGUUUGAGAAACUAAGGAGGUUGUAUGACACACUGCAGCGAGCUUAUGCCAAAAUAUUAGAAGUUAUGCAGUCUGGGAGACGUCUGCUGGGGACCUACUUUAGAGUUGCCUUUUAUGGACAGAGCUUCUUUGAAGAGGAGGACGGUAAAGAAUACAUCUACAAAGAGCCCAAGCUCACAGGCCUUUCUGAAAUUUCCCUUCGUCUCAGUAGCCUCUAUGGAGAAAAGUUUGGAACAGAGAAUGUCAAAAUCAUGCAAGAUUCCAACAAAGUAAACCAGAAAGAUCUGGACCCGAAGUUUGCAUACAUUCAGGUCACAUUUGUAAAGCCCUACUUUGAUGAGAAAGAGCUGCUGGAGCGGAAGACCGACUUCGAGAAGUGCCACAAUAUCAACCGCUUUGUCUUUGAGACGCCGUACACACUCGGUGGGAAGAAGCACGGAGGUGUGGAGGAACAAUGCAAGCGGCGAACGAUACUUACAACGAACAACACGUUUCCCUACGUAAAAAAACGCAUCCAGGUUGUGGGGGAGAAACACUUGGAGUUGAAACCGAUUGAUGUGGCCAUAGAUGAGAUGAAAGAUCGAAGCGCCGAGCUCACUAAGCUCUGCUCGAAUCAAGAGGUCGACAUGAUCCAGCUUCAACUUAAACUGCAAGGCUGUGUUAGUGUGCAGGUAAAUGCAGGGCCAAUGGCCUAUGCCAGAGCUUUCCUGGAUGAAUCCAAAUCAGGUCAAUCAAGCAAGAAAGUCAAAGAACUCAAAGAAAUAUUCAGGCAGUUUGUUAAUGCAUGCAGUAUGGCUCUGGAUAUAAAUGAGAGACUCAUUAAGGAAGACCAGUAUGAGUAUCAUGAGGGACUAAAGACUAACUUUAAAAGCAUGGUGAAAGAGCUUUCUGAUAUCAUCCAUGAACAGAUCUUCCAGGAAGAUAUGAUGCGUUCCCUGCUGCAGAACUCUGUUCACGUGUUUCGUGCUAUCAGUGGGACCUCCACUGAAAUGGCUUAAAACCUCUUUCUUCAACAUUGAAUGUACAAACAAUACGACUCGAGGCCUUUAGGAUCAUUUCUAUCUGCAAGAAGUGCCAUUUUUGUUAUUUUUGUAUAGGUAGUCCUUGUUUAAAUUUGACAUUUUAUGUAGAUUCAUUUUGCAGUUCUAUUUGGUAUUGUAUACAGGAUGUGAUCUCAGUGAAACUUUCCAUUUUAGUUGUAGACCACCAAAGAUGAAAUGGACAGUUUACAUUUUUGCAUUCAACAGAUGCUUUUACCAAAAGCAACUUGCUGCGCAUUUAAUCUAUACCUUUUUUAUCAGUAUGUCUGUUACCUGCAUGGGGAACAAACCCAUGAUCUUUGCGUUGCUAAUGCAAUGCUCUACUAACUUUCUACCAGUUAUUGUAUUCUUACAAUAUUUUCUGUUUACUUUAUAGAGUUGCAUUUAUACGUUGUUGAUCCUAAACACAAUUUCACUGUCACUGUACUGAAUGCUGAAAAACAUAUGUAGCCUAUAAACAUGAUUAGAAUACUUUACUAGCAGGUCAACAAACAUACAUGUUUUAUAUUUUCCUUAAUUUUUUAAUUGGAAAAAAGUUUUUAUUUUUUACUUUUAUUUAUGUUGUUGCCUGGUGCAUAUAAUUCUUAUCCUUGUAGUAGGUAAAUUUAGUUGGCACGUAAAUUUAGACGUCAAUGUUCCCAUUGCCAACAGUCAAAUAAGAAUUUCGACUUGCCUUUACAGUAUGCGGUUAAAGCCGUUUUUCCAGAAGUGGCAAAGUGGCAUUGACUCACUAUGUGACAGUCACUAAAGUCUGCUACAGUAGACUCACAUGAGAUCAGUGUUUGUAAUGUCAUUUAAUUAAACAGAAAGAGUGUGGAGUUGUAAUAUUUUACAUAUGUAAAGACUUUUACUAUGAAUGCAUACCCUAGACGGUAGUGUAAUGUAUAAAACAGCUGAUUUUAUUGGCAGGAAUGAUAAUAGACGUUUGGUCUUUCUUUGUUUUCUGUUGGGCUGUUCCUCAGCAACUGCUCAUGGACUCAGUCUGCACAGCCUCUUAAUGGUUGAUUUAUUUCACAAAAUGCUGUUGUUACUUAUCUGACAAUACUGCACUGAAUAUGCAAACUGCAAGCAGGGGAUUUGCAGAUUUAUACAGGAAAUUUUUGAUUUAUUGUGCGUCUACAAGAAUGUCUAUUCAGUAUUGGCAAAGCAGUAUUUGCAAGCAGCUGUCUGUAUUUUUAAAAUGUCUCAUAUAUAAUAAAGUCUGCUUCAAUCAUGAA